AUGUAUUUUCCUGUCCGAGAAGAGGUGACUAAGGGAGAGGUCGAUGAUGUUUACGUCACUACUGGGCAGUUGUAGAUCGUUUAGGUACGCCCACCUUUAUUAGUGUACGAGCCCAUGUACUGCCUGGUGUUCUCUGCCCCAAGUGACGACAUCUUUAGUUUCAGGUACAAAUUGUUGGCCCGACCAUUUUCGGAUAAUAAACCCGAACGGAUCUUGAGGUUGAUCAUGGAGCUCAUGCAUGCAAUGGGGGCACAAGGAAUGGUGGAGGGGCAGUACCUAUAGCUGCGGCACAGUGGAUCAGAAUCGAACGAUGAUACGACAUCUGAUGUUAAG